AGUCAGUCAGCAGGUCUCACACAGGGACUCCGAUCGAGCAGCUCGCAGCUCGCAGCUUCAGGGUUUUGUUUGGUUGGAAUUAAGAAUUACGCAAAGUGUACCGCCGGCCGCGCCUCCCGGUACAAUCUUUUAUAUAUGCGAUUCGGUGGUGUCGAUUUGUCAUCACUAGUCAAUCUCGGUUCAGCUGAGUAGGUUGUGUUGUGUGUUUUCUUCACCCCUAAAGAAGGGGGUUGUUGGUUGGUCGGCGUGGAUCGCGCGAAGCUGUAGGUGGAUUGUUUUUUUUGGUGAGUGCGUGACGCGGAGAAAGUGGAAAUCCUGGAAGCAUGGGUAUUUUUAAAGGAUUCGCAAAGUUCAACGGCUACACGGUGGCUGUAGCGUGCAUUAACUACACACUGACGAAGGUGUUGUCGUCGAAUAUCGAGGGAAAAUUCGUGGAAACAUUUUCAUUUCUAAAGAACCUUCUAGCGACAGCGGAACAGCCGUCAUCGGUUUCAUACGUAGCACUGCUGAUAGCUAGUAUUACGCUGUUCCUAGGCAUAUUCUUGGAAUGCAAAGCUCUAAUGGUCCCGUUCAUAGUAGCAUACAUCAAGGUGCUAGAUGAUGAAACCGGUGGAACCUACAAGAUGGCAACGGUGUGGGAGUUGUUCUUUUCGGCCUACGCGGCCUUUACUCUGGUGAUGCUGUUCUCGAUGGGGAUCUGUACCUGUUUCCGCAGUAAGGACGAACGAGAUCAAAAGAAGCAACCCUCCUGGAUAUCCCAGUGCUGCUGGACCUUCUGGGGUUGCCGAUGCUGUAGAAGACGGGGCCGAGAAAUUUACCCAACGACGCUGGACGCCCACUCGCACUGUUCCUGCGAGACGUUGAAUAUUCGCACAGCAGGACCUGACGAUAAGCACUAUCAUCGGGUGAUAUUUGUGUAGGCGGAUGACGACUUUGGACGUUGGAAGGUGACGAUGACGUAGUCUUUUGAUGAAACAGUAUUUUUGUUAAUCAGCUGCGCGAUGACCAAAGAGUUGAUGCCAAUGAAAUGCGGAAUGGUUCGAAGGUCCAUGACGCGAGCAACCAUACCUCUGCGGACCGGAGGGUUGAUCAUCGAACGAUGAACCAGCGAUCUUGAACGGAUCCUGGUAUGACGAAAACGAUUACAUUACUUAAACGAAAGUCAUUCCCACUUUACGAGGAAGUGAGAGAAUGAUCGCGUGCAAUUGCAAUCUAGUGAAUGGUGAAAUUAGUCUUGUGUGUACUCAAAGCGUGAAAGCAGUGAUAGAAAAUCCUUAGUCAAAACGAAAAUAUAUUAGUGAAUAAGGGAAACAA